AUGAGUGAUCCCUUCCAGUUCCCAUAUGAGUAUUCCAAACCAGGGGAUAUAAUAAUCGGAGGGAUUGCUGCACAAUUUGAUUGCCUGCUGGAAAUAAGCAACUUUGAGGAACAUCCCAAAACAAAGGUGGUAGAAGAACUCAUGGCAAUAUUAAAGAAUUACCAGCAUGUACUUUCGUUAAUAUUUGCUGUUAAGCAGAUCAAUGAGAAUCCUAAAAUAUUGCCAAAUAUCAGCAUAGGGUUCCACAUUUAUGACAGCUACAAUAAUGCAAAGAUGUCUUAUCAGAACACCCUGAAACUUCUGUCCUCCCAGAAGAAGACUAUUCCAAAUUACAACUGCAAGAAACAAACUAAUUUGAUAGCUGUCAUUGGAGGACUUGAUGCCAAAGUCUCUCUUUAUAUGGCUACUGUUUUAGGCAUCUAUAAGAUUCCACAGAUUGCUUGCUGUGUGUUUGCUCCAGUGACAAACAUUAAAACACAGCUCCCUUUUUUCUACCGGAUGAUCCCUAGUGAAACAAAUCAAUACAUGGGAUUUAUUCAGCUGCUCCUUUUUUUCCAAUGGAAAUGGAUUGGAAUUAUUUCACCAGAUGAUGAUCAAGGAGAAAAAUUUGUGCAGGCCUUGAUACCCAUGCUUUCCCAGUAUGCAAUCUGUGCAGCAGUCAUUGAAAGAACAUUAACCCUUUCUGGUGUUUUAGAGAAUUUUGAAUCAUUUGAACCUGUUUUUGAAAUGGCUGCAUCAUUAUCCAAAUCUAAUGUUAAUGUCUAUAUUGUAAAUGCAGAACCCCAAACUGUCUCAUGCUUGAAAUGGCUAGUAUACAUUUAUGAGAACAUACAAAAGUCAAUACAACUAACCAUAGGCAAAGUGUGGCUUAUGACAGCCCAGUGGGAUUUCUCAUCAGAGACUUUUCACCGAGAUUUCGAUAUACAUUUUUUUCAUGGUGCCUUGUCUUUGGCAAGUCAUUCAAAAGAAGUGCUUGGAUUUACAGAAUUUCUGUGUUCUCUGCAACCUAUCUGGUCAAAAGAAGAUGGGUUUAUCAGGAUCUUCUGGGAACAAGCAUUCAACUGCCUUUUUCCUAAUUCUAAUGAGGACAAAAAUAAUAAUUCUUGCACUGGAAAGGAAAACUUAGAAAAUCUUCCUGGAACUCUCUUUGAAAUAACUAUGACCAGUCAAAGCUACAGCAUCUAUAAUGCAGUACAUGCCAUAGCACUUGCUUUGCAUAAGAUGUUCUUAUAUUCCACCGGUAGGUUAGAUCCCUCAGAAUUGUUACAUUGGCAGCUUCACCAUUUUCUGAAGACAAUGACAUUUAACCACAGUGCUGGAGAUACCAUAUCUUUUGAUGAAAAUGGUGAAUUGGUAGCUGGAUUUGAUGUUAUCAACUGGGUCACUUUCCCAAACAAAUCUCUUCUUCGUGUGAAAGUGGGAUGGCUGGAUCCACAAGCUUUAAGUGGUUCUCAAUUAACUCUUCACAAAGAGACCAUCACAUGGCACAGCUCAUUUAAUCAGAUCCUGCCUGUUGCUCUGUGUAAUGAGAAAUGCCAUCCAGGUUACAGACGAAAAAAGAAGGAAGGACAACCAUUCUGCUGCUACGAUUGUGUUCCCUGUCCAGAUGGGAAGAUUUCAGAUCAGAAUGACAUGGACAACUGUUUUCAGUGCCCAGAAGAACAAUUUCCAAAUGAAAACAAAAACAAAUGUAUUGCCAAGAGAUUACGUUUUCUCUCUUUUCUGCAUCCUUUGGGGAUUAGUUUAACAUUUUUUGCUCUCUGUUUUGUUUUGCUCACAAUUCUGAUACUAGGAGUUUUCACCAAGAACCAGAACACUCCCAUUGUCAAAGCCAACAACCGGGACCUCACCUACUGUUUGCUCAUCUCCUUAUUGCUUUGUUUUCUCUGCUCCUUGUUAUUUAUUGGCCAGCCACAAAUAGUGACUUGCUAUUUGCGACAAAUUACUUUUGGUAUCAUCUUCACAGUGGCUGUUUCUUGUAUAUUAGCAAAAACAAUAACUGUAGUUCUAGCUUUUAUGGCCACCAAGCCAGGAUCUGGGAUAAGGAAAUGGGUUGGGAAAAGAUUGAUCACUCUCAUCCUGUUUGGUUGUUCGUUCAUUCAGGCUAGUAUUUGUUCUGUAUGGCUAUGCACAGCUCCUCCUUUCCCAGAGUUUGAUAUGUAUUCCCUUCCUGGAGAAAUUAUAAUGCAAUGCAAUGAAGGAUCGCUUGGUAUGUUUUAUUAUGUCUUGGGCUACUUGGGAUUUUUGGCUAUUGUCAGCUUCACUGUGGCUUUCUUAGCCAGGAAGUUGCCAGAUACUUUCAAUGAAGCCAAGUUCAUCACUUUCAGCAUGCUGGUCUUCUGCAGUGUCUGGCUGUCCUUCAUUCCUUCAUAUCAGGGCACUAAUGGAGAAUAUAUGGUGGCUGUAGAGAUCUUCUCUAUCUUGGCAUCUGGUGCUGGAUUAUUAAACUGUAUCUUUUUCCCUAAGUGUUACAUCAUUAUCCUAAAACCUGAACUGAACAUCAAGGAACAGUUGAUAAAGAGAAACACUUAA